GUGUCCUGAGACAAGGUGGAACAUUUUUGUAAGUUAAUUGGACUUGAAUGUGCAUGUUGCUGUUAUUACUGAUUUCAAUUCUGCUUCAUAGAACUGAGAUUUUAUCUGACAGCUUAUUUUAAGUAACCGAAAAUACCCACAAACAGUAAUAAAAUUAACAUAAUAAACAAUGCCCUAUUAGAAAAAAAAUGGUGAAAAAUUAAUUCCUAACCAAUAAAUGUCGAUUGGCGAGAAAGUCAUAGGAUUGGUCACACUAAAGGCUUGGGUCUUCUCAGUGCAUUUUUGUCUGCUUCUGAAAUUCAUCCCAUAAUAUCUCAGUUAUUUUUGUUUAGCCAAUUUUGCACCACGAACUGGGAAUUAAUUUCUAGUAAACAUGCUUAGCUCCUCCAUUUUUAUUUUAAUCUUAUGCCUCAUUUGAAUUAUUAAUCGACAGGUUUUCCUGUCAGUUUAUUAUAAAUGCAUGAGUGUACGUGAGAUUUGAAAUGUACAAUUUGUUGUCACUGUGAUCUCAGUAAAAUUAUGUGAAAACAUCAGUGUAAAAAAUUGGGUGGAGGAGAAGGAUUUACUGUCUUCUUCUUGCAUAUGGAGUGCACAGCCUAAAGUUGUAGCACUACUUGUUCUAUUUGAUCUUAUUUGAUUGUGCACGCCGGGUUGAUUGCAUUCAUCGAACCAGGGCAGACCACGUGAAGGUUGCAAUCUUCCACCCCAGGAUUUACUGUGAGCUUUUGACAUGAAGAAAGAUUUAGAGACAUUAAUUGCAGAAGAACGGGCUGAAAUAAUUUCUAAUUAUAAUAAGGGCAGACAAGAUGGAGCAUCUAUUGAUUCAGAAGACUACAAUUUAUAUAAAGCUAUAGACAGAUUUGGCUUUCUGCAUGAAUAUGAACUGCCCAUGCCAACUGCACUGGAGGUAAAGCAAAAACAUUUGGAAAUUGAGAGAGUACGCAAAUGGGUAAAAAUGAUUAAGAAGUGGGAGAAAUACAGAAACAGUGACAAGAUGGUCCGGAGAGUUUACAAAGGAAUCCCACUGCAGCUUCGUGGUCAGAUUUGGUCAUUGCUGUUAGAUUUGGAAAAGUUGAAAUCUGAGAAUGAAGGGAAAUAUGAGAGAAUGAAAUUACAAGCACAAAGGUUUUCAUCAGAAAUCAAACAAAUAGACCUUGAUGUGAAUCGCACUUUUAGAAACCAUAUUAUGUUUCGGGAUCGAUAUGGAGUGAAACAGCAAGCUUUAUUUCAUGUACUCACUGCCUAUUCUGUAUACAACACGGAGGUGAGCUACUGUCAAGGAAUGAGUCAGAUUGCAGCCAUUCUGCUGAUGUAUUUGAAUGAAGAAGAUGCAUUCUGGGCUCUUUCUCAACUACUGACUGAUCAGAAGCAUGCAAUGCAUGGAUUUUUUAUUCCUGGAUUUCCAAAGCUCCAAAGAUUUCAGGGACACCAUGAUCAGAUUUUAAGCAAACUUAUGCCAAAGCUCAAAAAACAUUUGGACAAAGAGCAGAUGUCUACAGGAAUAUACACCACCAAGUGGUUCCUGCAGUGUUUUAUAGAAAGAACACCAUUUACACUCACGCUGCGGUUAUGGGAUAUUUACAUUCUGGAGGGAGAGAAAGUGCUUGCUGCUAUGGCAUACACCAUCAUGAAACUGCACAAAAAGCACCUUGUGAAGAUGUCAUUAGAAGAUCUCCGAGAAUUCCUUCAGGAAAUUAUGUCUAAAAACUUUCAUUAUGAAGAUGACGUUGUUAUUGAUCAACUGGAAAAGUCAAUAACUGAGCUUAGAAAACUAAAACUUGAACUUCCUCCACCAGCAAAACCUGAUGAGUUUCCCAGCAAACCAUUAGGACAGGAAAUAUCAGUCACUUUAGCACCAGAGAAGACCAACAUUGUGGCCAAUGGCAAGAAUGAAAAAGUUAAUUCUCCACAAAAUGUCUUUGAAUGUGACGAUGAGGAAAACAGAAAAUCACAAGAUAAAAAUGACAUCCAGCCUUCUCUCCCUGAGCCUGAGGUUCCUUCUCCAGAAAUAUAUCAAACUACCAUGGAGGAAAACCUUACUCAUUUGGAACUUUGCGAAGCUAAAGCUCCAGAUCAUGACAGUUCCGAAACUCCCUUCGAAGACCAAAUCGAUUUACCAGAAGAAGGUGAACCACAGUGUUCAGAAAAGUGUCUAUCAUGCAGCCCAGAAAAAGUUACAGAACAUUCUCCAAAGAAGGAAGACAUCUUACCUGCUCAAAAUAGUGAGACAUGUAGUGUAGGAAAUCAAGCAAUCCCAGAUUUAGAAGUGAACCUUGUACUUCCAGAAAAAGAAACCACCAAUUCUCCAGAAGAUAACAUGAUAAAUUGCCAAGACGUGAACAAAGCUGAAUCUACUGGGACUAUUGAAAUACCUGUAACCCAACUUUUGCAAGAACAAUCUCCAUGCUUGUCAGAACUCAAAAACAUCGCUACAGAGUCCCCACAAAGAUUGGAAGGACUUGUUGCAGAGCCAGUGAACGAGCAGUCACUAGAAAAAUUGUGCAGUAGCAUUGAGGCUUCUCCACAAAGAAAUAACAAACUCACAGAAAUGGAAAAUAAUGACAAUAUUUCACCACUUUUAACAGAGCCUCCACCAACUGACCCAUUUUCUGGAGAAAAGCAUUUGUUGCCUCCAAAUUCACAACAAACCUAUUCUGGUCUGAAUGUUCCUCAUCAAUUGGAAGUACGUACCCUUAUUGAUCAACCACAAUCUUUGGUGACAAUGAAACUUUCAUCUCCAGAAGAAGAGGAACUGGUCUUUGUUGAUUUAACACAUGAAACUUCAAUUGAUUUGAGCAGCACAAAAAUAAAAGAUAUGGUUGAGUUACAAAGUGGAAGAAAGGUUUCAAAUAUUUCACCGCAUGACAAUUCGGGUGUUUCUCAGUAUGAAUAUCAGUAUGAUCCAAUUAUUUCGGAAUCGAUCAUUCAAUGCAAUGAAAUGUUUGUACUUUCUGAGAAGGAACCAGGAGUACCGGAAUUAGUGGACAAUACUGUCUGUGCAGCUAAUCCAUCUUUGGCGUUAGAUUUGUCAAAUAAGCCACAACUUUUUGAACAAACCUCAACAUUUUAUCAAGGGUCUUGGGACACUUAUAGUCCUGAAAAUGAUGUUGUCUCUUCUGCUCACCAGAGCCCUUCCAAAUAUUCAUCAAAUAUGCACAAAGAGGACCCUAUAAGAAAUCAAAGUUUACGGAGUCCUGAGCAUCUGAAAGCUACCACACAGAUCUCACCUGUCAGACAGUGUUUAAAUAGCUCUUGUAAAGUAGUUAAAUCGAUUACUCCAGUUCAUCUUGCACAUGCAGCUGAGCAGAAUCUCCUGAACUUCAGGCACAUGGCAUUGCCUCCACAGGAUGACUUGCAGUUGGUUGCAAUCUGUGACGAAGAAGGGGCUUAUUCAGUAAAGGAGAUUGACAUACCUGAAGUGAUUAUUCCAGGUAGCAAUGUGAACUUCAAUGAACCUGUAAAUUUGAUAAAGAUACCAUCUUAUCAUUCCCCUACUUAUACAAGUGUACAACCAGAAAACGUCAUGGCUAAAGAUACAAAUUUAGACUCGGAGAAAUAUUUGGCAGCAUCUCCGGAAUACCACGAUUACGAACUGUUACAUCAUGACAGCGGUCAUUCCAUUUUACCAUAAUGCACUUCACACAAUUUCAUCAACCACAGUCAUCAAAUGUUAAUGUACAACAAUAAUUUUAUAAGGAAAGAGAAUCAUACAUUUUCCAACAAUUUAAGUAGUUUAAUUAUGCAUAAUGGAGACCUGUGUAGCUAUUGUUACAAAAGUUGUUACAACAAAUCUAUGCAAAUUGUCUCAUUUCAUAAACUUACAUAUCUUAAGGUUCUUCAUUCUGCAUAUUACACAUAAAAGAUGAAUGCAGUCAAAAACUGUUGAAAGUUUAAUGAAAUGUUUAUGAUUGUUUUGGUCUGUAGCACUGCAGGUCACAUUGCUUUUUUUUUUAAACCCAGAGCAUGAUCAUCAUCAAAUACAAUGUAAUUUAUAAAGGGAGUGAGCAGGCUCACAAAAUGACAAAUACUGUAGCACACUUUUACACAAGUUGACUUUGACAGUGGUUUCCCAGGUGGACUGUUAUUUUACCACAAGAUUAGUGGCAGCCAAUGCUAAUUGGAUUUUCCAUGCAACUUUUCUGCCUUGUUUGGUUUUGAUAUAUACAUAAAUAUAGGAAUUGCAAUUAAACAAUAAUUGUUCCGUUAGAAAUAAUAACGUUGCACACAUUCUUUGUAGUUUUGGAAUAUUCCUUGUACAAAAUGUACUUAAGAGGAAGAAUAACAUAAUUUUCAUGUUACAGCAAUGGUUGUAAAUAAAUACAGGGAGUUUCUGACAUGAUCAUUUUUAGUCUCCUGUAACUACAGUUUUUAAGGAUAUGAAAAAAUAAUUUAAUCAUUUGUGUUGUGACGUUCAAGGACCGAAAAUGUAGUUGUUGAUGUUUACUAUAAAUUUUAGAAAGAAGCUUUGGCAAAAUAGUGCUGAAACUAAGCCUGCAAUCACUUUUUUUGUGAGGGAAAAAUAUUUGAAGCCAUUCCCUGGCAUUUGCCUGCAACAGUGUUCAAUAUAACUUUUUGGUUAGAAUUGAGAAACUAUUGUAUUAUGUCAUCUACUCAGGAAUAUAGUAUUCUUGCUUUGUGACCACCUGCAAGUAGGAAUUAUUUGCAGCAAGCAAAUUAGAAUAUGUAAUGUUACUCAGCACAUAAAAUGCUAAUUGCGUAAUAUGUGUUCUUGUGGAAGAAAUGAUAACCCUGAGAAACGAAGGGAAAUAUUUAACUGAUGUAUGAUGUACAUGGUAUUUUUUGUAAAGUCUGUUCUUAAUUUUGCACUUUCUGUUGUGGAUGGCAAGUCACCAUUUUUUUUAAGUUCUAGAGUUUCAUCUAUCCAUGUUCUCCGAAGAUGCUGCCUGACCCGCUGAGUUACUCCAGCACAUUGUGUCUUUUUUUGUAAACUGGCAUCUGCAGUUCCUUGUAUCUACAGUUUCAAUGAUGGAUUGAUAAUACAACAAUAAUAUUGUUUGACUUGUUGAACAAUUGUAAAUGUACUUUUGCAAGGUUUUACAUUGGCCCUGUUUUCUGUUCUUUCAUGAGAAAAGAUAUGGAUUACUUGUAAUAGUGUGGAAACAUCACUUUGUGUCAUGCUUUACAUUGUUUCUAAGCACCAACAAUAUUGUAAACAAAGCUUUAAGAACA